UUGGCUCUUCCUCAAGAUGGCGGCGCCCAGGCGCGGCGUGGCUGGGGGUAAGAUGAAGCGGUCAGCGGCUGCCCGCGCUCGCCGCGGCGGGAAGCUGGACAGGCUGCGGCAGGCAGUGCAGGACUUCGUGCAGAAAGCCGGCGACCAGCCGCCGCUGCCCCUGCUGAAAGACUCGGAGAGGCAGAACCGUAGAAGCCGCCGGGAAGCGAGGAAGGAGAAGCGCAAGCUCAAGCGGAGCCGCCGCCGCCGCCUCCAACGCGGGGAGCCGGUGGAGGCUCCCGUCGCCCCGGCGGCCAAGCCGGCUCCUUCCAAGCCGGCUCCUUCCAAGCCGGCUCCUGCUGCCCGCCUCAGAGCCCCGGCCUCACCCGUCGCCGCCGCCGGAAAGCAGCGACCGGGACCGCCGGGGCCGCCACCGACACCCCGCGGGGUCCCCCACUCCGCAACCGCCUCGGCGCGGAAGCGGGCCCUGUUGGAGGCCAACGAGGAGGAGGACAAGGAGAUCCGGCGCCUGGAGCGGCUGCUGGGGCUCGGCAAGCGGCGCAAGAAGCAGGAGGGAGCCGCGGCGGAGAAGGUGCCUCAGAGCUUCCUGCGGGACGGGUUGGGCUACGUGCUGGGCGCCCUGGGCUCCCGGGCCGGCCUCAGCCAGCUGUGCGAGAUCAGCGACGACGAGGAGGCACCGCCGGGGCCGCAGGAGAGACAGCUGGGACCGGAGGAGGGGGAUGAAGAGCAACCGGACGAGGAGGAGCCGGAGGACGCCUCAGACCUUUCCGAGCGGGAGGAUGUGGAAGGACAAGGGGAGAGCGAAAGCUCAUCGUCGUCCCCCGAGGACGACGGGGUGCCGGAGGCCAGCAAACCCGAGGGCGAGGAGGUGGAGGAGAGUCAUAAUCACAGUGCUACGAAGUAUGUUCCCCCUCAAGUAAGGAGAGCUCAGGAGACACUAGAUGACAAGAAAAGAGAAGAAUUGGGAAGACUGAAGAAAAUGGUGAAUGGUCUCAUUAAUAGGCUGAGUGAACCAAAUUUGUCCUCCAUUAGUGGACAAAUGGAAGAGCUCUACAUGGCUAACAGCAGAAAGGACAUGAAUGAAACUCUGACAGAUAUUCUCAUGAAUGCGUGUGUUACUGCAGUUGCCACGCCUGCAAGAUUGUUGAUGGAGCACGUCCUUUUGGUCAGCAUUCUUCAUCAUAAUGUAGGAAUUGAGGUCGGUGCUCACUUUUUGGAAGCUGUGGUGAAGAAAUUUGAUGAACUCUCUAAAAGUGAUGCUGAGGGGAAAGAAUGUGAAAACCUGCUUGCCUUGAUUGCUCAUCUGUAUAAUUUCCAUGUGGUUCAUUGCCUGCUGAUCUUUGAUAUUCUGAAAAAGCUCGUUAGUGCUUUCACUGAAAAAGAGAUUGAGUUGAUUUUAUUUCUUCUGAAAAACGUGGGCUUUUCCUUAAGAAAAGAUGAUGCGUUGGCUUUAAAGGAACUGAUUACUGAAGCCCAGAGGAAAGCAAACACAGCAGAGAAGAAACUCCAGGAUCAGACUAGGGUUCGGUUUAUGCUAGAGACUAUGUUGGCACUAAGGAAUAAUGACAUGCGUAAGAUUCCUGGUUAUGAUCCUGAACCAGUUGAAAAACUUCGCAAAUUGCAAAGAUCACUGGUUCACAAAAGUGGUUCUGGAAAAGACACUCAGCUCCGUGUUUCCCUGGAAUCUCUACUCAGUGCAGAUCGGGUUGGUCGCUGGUGGAUAGUUGGGUCAUCCUGGAGUGGAGCGCCAAUGAUUGAUGAUACAAAUAGCAAGACUCAGCAGAAACUGCAUAUAGGAAAGGUGAGUUCAAAGAUAAUGGAGCUUGCUCGUAAGCAGAGAAUGAACACGGAUAUCAGGAGAAGUAUUUUUUGUGUCUUGAUGACUAGCGAAGACUACCUGGAUGCCUUUGAAAAGCUUCUCAAGCUUGGACUAAAAGAUCAGCAGGAGAGAGAAAUUGUUCAUGUUACACUUCACUGCUGCUUACAGGAGAAGACAUAUAACCCCUUCUAUGCAUUUUUGGCUAGCAAGUUUUGUGAAUAUCAAAGGCGAUUUCAGGUGACAUUUCAAUUUAGUAUUUGGGAUAAAAUCAGAGACUUAGAAAACUUGUCAGCUGCGGCCAUCUCCAACUUGAUUUCACUGUUGGUUCAUUUAUUAAGGACAAAAUCAUUGUCACUUUCAGUUCUCAAGGUAAUCGAAUUCAGCGAACUAGAUAAACCCAAAGUCCGUUUCUUGCGACAAGUAUUAAGCAUGCUGUUAAUCAAAACAGAUGGUGAAGACCUUUGCGACAUUUUUGUGAGGAUAUCUGACAACCCCAAACUGGGAAUGCUACGGGAAGGCUUGAAACUCUUCCUUACCCACUUCUUACUGAAAAAUGUACAGGCCCAAAAAAGUGCUGAAGAAGCUAGCUUAUUAAAAGAAAGAGUUGAACUAGCAACCAAGGCUUUGCAAGCAAAAGAACCCAAAUUGAGGCUGUAGUUCUAUUUUUCUAAUAAAACUUAUAGAGAAACUGAGUCUGCACAAAGAUGCAAAGCUUUGAUAGUCUUUCAGACCCAAAUAAUUGAGAAUGAGGAGAGCCUUCUUACGCUGAAGGAUCUCUUUUUUUUAUGCAGUUACUUUGCUCUACACAAUUGUUACAGGUUGAAUUGAAGGUGAUACAAGGCCUUUUGAAGAAAGGGAAAAUGCGUUUUUUGUCAUGUCCCUUUUUAGUAUGAGUGCUUCAUGUUGAUGGUUACUACUGGGAGAAGAGGGUGAAUUUACUGCUAACUGGGAGUAUCAUAGAGAGUGUUCUGCAUUGCAUGUUUUACCAUUUUCUGUAAAAUAAUAAGAUAACACUGACCACCAUCUGUUAAAGAAUGAGCCUUAACUAAAGACUUUUAGUAACUAAUCAUUGUACUUGCCUGAAGAAACAGGCCACUAGAUGGCACAAGUACUGGUGAGUCACUUUUGGAAGAAACUAACUUUUUUCUUAAAGUGUUAGUUAUCCACUAAUUCUGUGAAUUGGUUACCUGACUCUGGGUCAGGAAGAGAUCUUCAGUUGGAGUCAAAGCUUUAGUAAAGCAACUGGAAGAUCUGACUUUGCCCGAUUAUAUUGGGUUUAGAGAUCACAGCAUAGUUUUAUUGCUCUUUUAGCCUGGUUUUUUCAGCUUUAAAAUUGGAGUUGCCUAAUCACUUGUGUUAAUUGAAUUUUUAUAGGCAUAAAGAAUGAUAUCAGUAUGAGUCUUUUAUUAAGAGAAUACCUUCCUAAAGAAUUGGCUUGCAUUUUCCAUUCAGAUGUUAAAUAAUCAUGGAUUUCUUUGUAACACUCAGUGUAAAUGGUUUGUUUCUUUUGUCACCUUACCACUACACAUUAAACUGCAAUUUUUCUAAGGGC